CUCUCUCUAGUUUUUGCUUCGCUUUCUUUCGUUCGCCGCCCGAAUAUCCGCAAAGCUGGUCAGAGCUCUUGACUGCAGCUGGAGAGAAUGGUGGAGACGGAAUUAAAAAGCCUGCGAUGAUGUGAGGAAAAAGACCUCCUUUUGUCUCCCCUCUAUCUUUCCUUCUCUCUCUUUUCCCCUUUCCUCCAGUUCCCUCCCCCGGUGUUACCGAAAGCCUCCCGUACCAACGUUACAGCUGAUACAUCGUCUUCUUUUUCUCGCGCUCUCACUUGAGUCGGGUUAUAAGUGGUGGUGGAGCUGAGCGUGGAGAACGAGGAAGCGGAAUCUUUGUUGUAUCCGCUAUGGCUUGAGGGGUUGUCUACGGCCCGAGAGGUAUUCGAUCAAACGCUUUCACCGCUCCUUAAACGCUGGGCUCUGUAUCCGUUUCUUUCUUUUAAGUAGCUUAGCGUAAGAGAGAGUAUGACGCCUGCAAGCAAGUGGCUCUCGUUCCCCUACCCUCCGAUGGAAAUGCUCCUGCGUCCUUGUGGCUAUGAUCAGAUCGGUCCGUUUCAGUCCUUGCUCCAGGCGCCGAAGCUGGAGGACAUGCUCGGCGGGCAGCGAUCAUCGCCGAUGGAUCCGUGCUCCGACAUCCUGACCGACGGUCAGGAUUCAUCAUCUCUCGGCGCGGUACAUGAUCAUCUUCAGAACCUAAUCCCGCCGAACCCUGGCUAUCUGGGCGCCCUCGCCCUCCCUCCCGGCAACUCCGUUAGCUUGGAGGUGGACGACUCCGCGUCGGCGCCGGAGAGUCAGCUCGGUGGCUUCUCGCCUGAACUCGGGAUGGUCUCGGCCAAGCCGCGGCCGCUUCCGCCUGCGUUGCCGGCGCCGGGGAGCUCCGGCGGAGCCGUGUCGGAGAAGGCGGCGGCGGUCGGGUCGUGUCAGAGGACGUCCGUCUACAGAGGGGUGACCAGGCACCGUUGGACGGGCCGGUAUGAGGCCCACUUAUGGGACAACACGUGCCGGCGCGAGGGGCAGAAGCGGAAGGGCAGGCAAGUGUACUUAGGUGGAUAUGACAACGAAGAAAAAGCAGCAAGGGCCUAUGAUCUUGCAGCUUUGAAAUACUGGGGUCCUACUGCCACUACAAACUUUCCGGUAAAAGUUUAUAGCAGGGAAAUUGAGGAGAUGAAGAACAUGUCUAAGCAAGAGUUUAUUGCAUCACUAAGAAGAAAGAGCAGUGGCUUUUCUAGGGGGGCUUCUAUCUACAGAGGAGUCACAAGGCAUCAUCAACACGGGCGUUGGCAAGCAAGGAUUGGCCGUGUUGCAGGCAACAAGGAUCUUUACCUUGGAACAUUUUCGACAGAAGAAGAAGCUGCUGAGGCCUAUGAUGUUGCUGCAAUCAAGUUCAGGGGUGCAAAUGCUGUCACCAACUUUGAACUUAGUCGAUAUGAUGUGGAAGCUAUUGCAAAUACCGAUUUGCCUAUCGGAGCAUCUGCAAGACGGAUCAAACAAUCUCUCCAAGCCAGCAACAACCAUCUCACUCUCGGCAGCUCAUCCAUCUCACAGCAACCAACUUUCAUGCCCUCUGCUCUCCUUCACAAUGUCUUCCAGCUUCAUGCUAGUUCUGGACCAUCCGACCCUCUGGCUUACUCCAGUUUGGUGCCAACUGAGCCAGAAGUAUGCAGCCAGGGUCUGUACUGGCUGACUGCUAAUGAUCAAAACAGCAGCCAAAUUAGCAACCAAACAAUGGGAGUGGUAUUCUCUAGCUGACACACCUUGCACCUUCCCAGUGGUCUUAUCUUUUGAAUGUGGGUCGCAUGUGUGACGUCGAUGCUGAUUGAUCUUGUGACUCCACAGUAGGUCAGAUGCUAAGUUUUUUUGUAUGAAACUAAUACCAACUUCCAUAGAUCACAGGUCUCUCUUCAGUAGAUGUUACUUUCUGUAUAAAUACUGGCAACCUAAUGGAAAAUUGUAUCUGAAAGUCUUUCCGGAUUGAGGUCAUGGAAUCACAAACGGUUUGAUGCACUGCUAAAUGGCCAGGCAGUUUGCUCAU